AUGAUAAAAAAUUUUGAAUACGUGACUCCCGCCUCAAAUUAUCUUGAGACAGAAAGUAUUGAUUUUAUCCAAGCAUACCAUUUGUCCCAUUCCCAAGAUAAUGAAGCUGAUGUAUCAAGAGGCGUAUUAGAAACACCCGAUAAAGCUACUCCGUCACGAUGGCGAAAACAAAAUAUUCAAAGAAGAAAAAAAGAAAAAGCCAAAUCAAGCGAAACCUGGGACACUCUUAUGAUAGUAGUAGAGGAAAGAAAGUUGAAGUUAGGAAGAUUGGUCCUCCCUGCAAAUACAGAAGAAAAUAAUAAAAACAAUGAUGAAGUAAAAAGAUUAAAAACUCAACGAGACCUUCAUCAUAGGCAAGCAGCUGCCAUGCAGAACAGCUUGAGAGAGGAAGUGGAAUCAUCAAAAACUAAAGGAGAUAAAAUUGUGCUUACUUUUGAUUUACAACAAACACUUCCUACACCAAGUUUAAUUGUUGGUCCUGCCUUUUAUUUGCCUACCUAUAAUUUAGGUGUUCAUGAUUACGUGAGUGGAAAAGCAACCAUGUUCAUGUGGCCGGAAAUAACAGCGAAGCAAGGUAGUGAAGAAAUCGCUAGUAUCCUGCUAAAGUAUAUUUCUUCCAAAAAUACAACUGGCCAAAAAGAUCUUGUGGUUUUUACAGACAAUGACAAGAAUAAAAAUUGGCAAAUCAUGUCUCUCUGGUCGCAGCUCGUGAGAGAAAAUAAAUUUAGAAUUAUUGAGCACAGGUUUCUUAUUUCCGGUCACACUUAUCUACCAUGUGAUUGUGACUUCGCGCUCAUAGCGAAGCAUAAAAAAUACUUGGGCCAGAUUUAUUCUUCCAAAGAUUGGUUCAAAGCUGUCCAAAAGAGCAAACAUUUGAUGUGUUCAUUAUGGAACAAAGUGAUUUUUUCUUUGGACAGCAUCCCUAUAUCAAAGAAAAACGUGACUGAUGAUAAAGGUCCUCUACAGUUUAAUAAGGUACUGUGUUUCCACUUCGAGUCUCAAAAUCCGAAUAAAAUGUUAGUGAAACAUGAAUUGAAUGGAAAUUUUAAACAGGUAAAUAUUGGAAAACGUGGAAAUAGGCUUUGCCAACAGUCCAACGGAAUUUUGGAGAACUUGAAAAAAAAAUAUAAUGAGCCUGUACAGCUAAACAGUAAGAAAGUGGAAGACUUGAAGAAGCUCAUGCAAUAUAUACCUCCUGUUAACCAAAACUUCUACCUAAAUAUUUUUAAAACCGCUUCUAAUGUCGCUACUGAGGAUAUAGGUACAGAAUAUAAUGACGUGCAAUGUGUUGAUGGUGAACCUAAUAUAGACUUUGACGAAGAGGUUUAG